GGGUUACCGUGGUCUUAGGCUCUCAAUGGGGUGACGAAGGAAAAGGUAAAUUGGUUGACCUAUUGGCACAAGAAGCAGAUAUUUGCGCGCGUUGCGCUGGUGGAAAUAAUGCUGGACAUACAAUUGUUGCAAAUGGUAUCAAGUAUGAUUUUCAUUUGCUUCCAUCAGGAUUGAUUAAUCCGAAAUGUAUCUCCGUCAUUGGUUCGGGGGUAGUUGUUCAUGUUCCCUCAUUCUUUGAAGAAUUGGAAAAAUUGAAACUUAAAGGAUUGGACGUCUCCGGUCGAGUUUUUAUUUCUGAUCGCGCGCAUUUGGUUUUCGAUUUCCAUCAGAUUGUUGAUGGCUUAAAAGAAGUUGAAUUAGGUCGCUCAAGUAUCGGUACGACAAAGAAAGGUAUUGGUCCAACAUACUCAUCCAAGGCUUCGCGUUCUGGUCUUCGGGUUCACCAUUUGUCGAACAUUCAGGUUUUUGCAGAAAAGUUUCGUCAAUUGGUGGCUAACAAGAGGAAACGAUACGGAGAUUUUGAAUACGAUGUUGAAGCAGAAAUUCAACGUUAUAGAGAACUUUCUGUACGUCUUAAACCCUACGUUGUUGAUAGUGUUGUUUUUAUGCACAAAUGUAUAAAUUCACGUAAAAAAAUUCUCGUAGAAGGUGCCAACGCAUUAAUGCUUGAUCUUGACUUUGGCACUUAUCCAUUUGUAACGAGUUCAAACACUACUGUGGGUGGAGUCAGCACUGGAUUAGGUAUUCCUCCAUCCAAGAUUGAUAAGGUUGUGGGUGUUGUUAAAGCUUAUACAACCAGGGUAGGAGGGGGUCCAUUUCCUACCGAAUUGCUAAACGAAACCGGUGAAUACCUGCAGCGUGCUGGUGCGGAGUUCGGUGCGACUACUGGCCGAAAGCGCCGGUGCGGGUGGCUCGAUCUGGUAGUUCUAAAGUAUUCAACCAUGAUUAACGGAUAUACAAGUUUAAAUAUUACUAAACUUGAUGUAUUAGAUCAACUUUCUGAGUUGAAAGUAGCUACCGCAUACUUAUUGGAUGGAAAACCCUUAGAAAGUUUUCCAGCUGAUCUAGAAAUCCUUGAAAAGGUUGUCGUACAAUAUGAGACAUUACCGGGCUGGAAGAGUGAUAUUUCAAAAUGCCGUCGGUUUUCUGAUUUGCCGGAAAAUGCACAGAAAUACGUAAAAACGAUCGAAGAUUAUUUAAGGAUUCCUAUUGAGUGGAUUGGCGUCGGUGUAAAUCGGGAAGACAUGAUUGAUUUAAAAAAUAAAGCAUAA